AUGCCCCCUUUCCGAAGACUUACUCAGAGUCACGGACGGGUACUAAGGAUCAAGUACGAGCUCCUCGUUUACGGAAGGCGAACCUGGGGCGGCCCGGCGACCACGGGGACAGCGGCCCGGGCCAGCCUGCACCCCAGACGCCCGGGGCCCGUCCGGCCCGGCCCGCCGCCGCCGCCGCCGCCGUGCCCUCGGCCGCCCCCGGCCCUGGGAGGAGCUGUCCGACGCCCGGAGAAGCCCGCGGCCAGCCCCGAGCACGAAACGCCCUACGCCACCAGGCAGGCAGCUGGAGGCCCCCGCGACGACCGUGGCGGACCCCGGGACCCCGGCGACCCCGGGCCAGCCCGCAAAGACCCGCCGAGGCCCCGCGGGGGCCGCUCUGCACACCCCUCCCCCCGACCCCGGCCUCGUCCCUCACCCGCACCCUCCGCCGGCCGCUGCCCAGCCGCAGAGCUGAGGCGCCGGGAGACUGACGCCCGGCCCCUCACGGGCCCUCGCGCCGGCCCCCGACGUCCCCCUCCGCCGCGCGCACACAGACCUAGCGCUCCGCCACCGCCGCCGCACCGCCGCCGCCGCCGCCGCGUCCCCUCUCAGCUCGCUCCCCGCUGGCCGGCGGCCGCCGCUGCCGCCACCUCAGGAGACGACCUUACACGAAACGCUCCCCUAUUGGCUCCUGCGUCCCCACGUGACCCUGGCGCCCUACGCGCACGUGGAAAACUGUUGUUGCCGCUCCGCCCGCGCGUCACUUCCGGCCCCAACCUCCAGAAAGGGCGGCGCUGA